GCAGCGCGGUGCCCGGUGCCCGGGCGAGGAGUGGCGCUUCCCGAGGCUCAUCCCGGCCCCGGCCCCGGCCCCGGCCCCGGCCCCGCCUGCAGCGGCCUCGCACCUGCCGGAGCCCAGGCGGGAGCCCCCUUCCCGGGCUGGUGUCGAUGCUGAGCGUGCCGGGGGCACUGUCCGCCUGCCCCGCACCAUGGAUGGCUUCUACGACCAGCAGGUUCCCUUCAUGGGCCCCGGGAAGUCGUGCACCGAGGAGGGCCGAGGCCGGCUGGGGUCUGACAGGAAAAGGAAGUUUUUGGAGACCGACCUGGCCCACGACUCGGAAGAGCUCUUCCAGGAUCUCAGCCAGCUCCAAGAGGCCUGGCUAGCUGAAGCUCAGGUCCCCGACGACGAACAAUUUGUCCCAGAUUUCCAGUCUGACAACUUAGUCCUGCACGCCCCACCUCCGGCCAAGAUCAAGCGGGAGCUGCACAGCCCUUCCUCGGAGCUGUCGGCCUGCAGCCACGAGCAGGCUCUCUGUGCCAGCUAUGGAGACAAGUGCCUCUACAACUGCUGUGCCUACGACAGGAAGCCCCCCGCUGGGUUCAAGCCAUUAACGCCGCCCGCCACGCCGGUGUCCCCCACGCAGCCAGGAUCCUCCCUGCCAGCGCCGGCGGUGCAGGCGGCUGCCCAUGGUGCCCCAGCGGCCCCGCUCCGCAGCGCUGUGCCCGCCCCGCGCCCGCUGCACGAGCAGAGGCAGCAAACCUUUGCGGUGCCGCGGCCACCUCACCAGCCCAUGCACAUGCCAAAGAUGAUGUCGGAAAACCAAUACCCCGCAGAGCACAGGUUUCAGAGGCAGAUGUCUGAGCCCUGCCACCCCUUCCCACCGCAGCCUGCUGUCCCCGGGGACGGCCGCCCCGUCUACCACCGGCAGCUGUCGGAGCCCGUCGGCCCUGCCACCCCCCACCCCGCUCAGGGAUUCAAGCAGGAGUACCACGACCCGCUCUAUGAGCAUGCCGGCCCCAGCCUGCCUGCCCCCCCCGGGCACAGCUUCCAGUCCCCCAUGGGCAUCAAGCAGGAGCCCAGGGACUACUGCAUCGACUCAGAAGUGCCUAACUGCCAGUCCUCGUACAUGAGGGGGGGCAUCUUCCCCGGCAGCCACGACGGAUUUUCAUAUGAAAAGGACACACGAUUGUACUUCGAUGACACGUGUGUGGUACCGGAGAGACUGGAGGGUAAGCAGCCAGCCAAGGGGCGGCGGGGGCAGGCUCCGCACCCAGGGGUGCCCACACAGGAGCCGCUGGGUGCAGAGGCCGCUCAGCUUCACUGCUGUGCCCUGGCAGUGCCUCUCCCAGAGCCCCCCAGCCCGUUCGUGCCUGUGGGGCUGAGCGUGUCCCCGUGUCUCGGGGCUGAGCCAGCCAUCUCGCUGUGGGCAGGUAAGGUGAAGCAGGAGCCCACCCUGUACCGCGAGGGCCCUCCCUACCAGCGGCGGGGGUCCCUGCAGCUCUGGCAGUUCCUCGUCACGCUCCUGGAUGACCCCGCCAAUGCUCACUUCAUCGCCUGGACCGGCCGCGGCAUGGAGUUCAAGCUGAUCGAGCCCGAGGAGGUGGCGCGGCGCUGGGGUAUCCAGAAGAACCGUCCGGCCAUGAACUACGACAAGCUGAGCCGCUCCCUGCGCUACUACUAUGAGAAGGGCAUCAUGCAGAAGGUGGCUGGCGAGCGGUAUGUCUACAAGUUCGUGUGUGACCCCGACGCCCUCUUCUCUAUGGCCUACCCCGACAAUCAGCGCCCCUUCCUGAAAGCGGAGCCUGACUGCCACGUGAACGAGGAGGACACACUGCCGCUGACGCACUUCGAGGACAGCCCCGCGUACCUCCUGGAGGUGGAUCACUGCGGCAGCCUUCCCUACGCGGAGGGCUUCGCCUACUGACUUGGCCGGCCGGCACAGCGAUGAGCACUAGCACCUCCGGUUUGGGCAAAUAAGGGCAAUGGUUUUGUAAAGAAUACUUUUUGCCAUUUCUUACAUAAAAAAAAAAAGAGAUGAAACGCGUGUGCACACACAAACUGGCCUUUACCCGUAAGCGCAAUUGGAGGAACCUAAAAGCCCCGGUGUGUGUCAGCGCUGAGUCCACAACCUUACUGUCCAAGGGCUAGUGCGUAGGACUGCCCGUGGCUGGCACCUCCCGCCAGGCAUCCCAGAGGUGUUUUGGGGAGAGGGGAGCUAAACACCAGGUCUCUGACUCAGGCCACGUUUCUCAUGAGCAAGCAACGGCCGAUGGCUUCAGCAGCGCCCGUGAGACUGGUCUAGACGGUGUGACUGUGUAGCGAAUUGUCACGACAAUCUGCUUUGCAUCGAUCACAAUAUGCGUAGCUGCCUUGUGUGUUGGAAAGGGCUUCGAUUUGCACAGGCGAGGGGUGUCUGGGGGGACUCGGGCGUGGGGCACACCAUGCCCAUGCCCCAGGGCUGAUGUGCAUGGUGUCCCACCCCGAGCUGGAGCAGCCUUCUGCCUUCUUCCUGGACAACACCUCCCCGCCCCACCUCAGUCCCCUUGAGUGUUGCUCUCCAAUGUAACAGUCCCUUAGCCUGCCCCCCCCUCUUUCCCGUGUCCCCCUUCAAUUCUCUUCCCCAGCUCAGGCUCUGUGCGAUGGGUUUAAUUUCAGAGGAGGAGACCGUGACACUAUCUUCCUCCCUUGUUAUUUUUUUGGAAUGUUUUAGGAAAAAAAAAAAUUUCUAAACUUUUUUUUUUUCUGUAGAUUUUUUUUGUAUUUUAAGGCAAAGCUAUUUUCUGCAGCCCUGCUGCUGUGCCCUAGGGCAGCUGGCAGUGCAUGGGGAGCUACCCCGGCUGCCCCCAGCCGUGCACGUGCCCCCACGGCACUGAAGUUUCUGGUCCACUCCAUUUCACUGCUCGAGUCCUUGCUCCUGGGGGGUCCAAGACUGAAAGGGCAAGAGCUCAGCCUCGUUCCCUUCUGAGCACAGUGGGGCUGGGCUGUGGGGCCCCCCUACCCAAUGCAGCUCCCCGCACUCCACCUCUCAUAUACGCGUAACCCCACCAGCUACAUGUUUUUGUUGUAAAUGCUGUAUAGGAAUUUUUUUCUCCUCCUUAGUUAGCUUUGGAUUUUUUUUUUUGAACUGAAUCAUUCUUUUUUUUUUUUUUUUUCGGGGAAGUAUGAAGAUUAACUCCCGGUAGGCUUGGUUGCUAUCCCUGUGAUGUACAAGUGGCCCGUGCCGUCGGGAAACAUUGGAUCGCAGGAACCGCACCUUGGGGACAGCUGUAAGCAUUUGCUCAGUGUGGCAGGUCUACGGUGCAGGAAGGGGUUAAUCUGAGGACUGAUUUCAAAUAACCUUUACUUGAGCAGGGCUAUGUAUCUCCUGCAAAGCUGCAUUACGUUCUGUACUGUGUACAAUAAAGGAUCUUGCUUUCUGUUC